ACUAUCCAAGCGUGCGUAAUUACGCAUAGCUUUGAAGAAGUGUACCACUUCCUCAAGUGAGACAUACCGCUUGCGCUUCCUUGAAAUGGCUCUUUCUAAAUACAAUUAGCCAAACACCAUCUAUCAUCCCACAGGCAGCUAGGGAGGACAAAUACUGGCACCUAAAUAAACAACAAGCAGAUCCGGUAAUCCAAAAUGUCAAACCCAGUGGUCACCCAUCAGCCAGGUGCAGGCGGCUAUGGCACAAAUGUCCAAACAGGAGAGUGGAGCACAGGCCUUUGCUCAUGCUGCAGUGACUUGUUUGUCUGUGCUAUUGGUUGCCUCUGUCCAAUUGCACUGAGCUGCUACACAGCAAAUAAGUAUGGAGAAAACUGCUGCUUGGGAUGUUUGCCAGGAGGCAUAGCAGCAAUGAGGACUCAUAUGAGACUGACCUAUGGUAUUCAGGGAACAAUAAUCAAUGAUGCCUUGAUGACCUUUUUCUGCGGACUUUGUGAGACUUGCAGGAUGGCGCGAGAAGUCCGUAUCAGGAAUGGAGAUAUUUCACCAUAACAAUCCUUUGUUGGGGAUAAUUUGUUUUUCCCUGUAGCAGGCAUAGCUUUCAUAGAGACAAAAAAGGAGAAACAGCUAAUGAAUUAUGCAGUUCAGUGUAUCAAAUGUAAUUUUAUCAGUAGCCUUAUAUUUGUGUAACUGUGUGGCAAAGUGCUAGCACUCAUCUGCAUUAUUGUAAAUAAACUGCAAUGUUUAAUCACUCAGAACAAUACAAGAUACUGAAGCAUGAACUAUUUUGUAUAUCAUUUUCAAUAAAAUCUGCAAUUGACUGCCAACCAGUCCAGGGUGUAGCCCAGCUGGGAUAGGCUCCAGCUCCCCCAAGACCUUUCACGAAUAAAGCGGGUAUAGAAAA